AUGACGAUAAAGGGCAACGUCUCUUCACAAGGAAUUCCUACAACUGGCACAACAAGAGAAAGACAUUCUCUACGAAACAGUGGUGUCUUAGAUGCGCAUGACCUUUCAUCGCACGAAACGCCUUCGACAAGUUUUACGAACAUAACACCUGCAGGAAGACGUUCUCAACCAAACAUUAAUGGCUUCCAAAGAUCACUUCUCACCAAACUGGAAACAUUAAUUGAUAAGCAAGAAGAAGCGUCGUCAAUAUUGCGUGUUCUGUUAAGGGCUAAGAAAGGUGUAGACGAGGACGAAAUUUUGGAAGAUGUAGUACCUAAUCCUUUAGAUUCGGUUGAAGAACUUGAGGACCUAUCCUCUAGUCUUGAUGAAGAAAAGUCCAGAAGAAAGUUUUUGAAAGAAGUCUUAAAAGUAAAGAUGAUUUUUAUGACGUGUAGUUAUAUAUGUGUUAAAUAGGAUAGCAAUAUUUUAUGACAUAAUAGUUCACUGUACAUACGAAUGCUUCGGUUAAAUUUAAAUAAAUUUUGCUUUCUGAAAA